AUGGAUUUCUAUAACUUUAGGGUUCCUUUGCUCAUUUUGGCAGCUCUCGGUAAAAAUGUAACCUUCAAAACAUCAAUCACCUCAACAAUGGAUUUUCUAACCAUAUCAUGGAAUUUCAACAAUGGUCAAAACAUUGAAUCUAUACUCACACACCUACCAUCAUCGGGCACCAUAAAUAUCGAAGAGAAAUACGCCAGCAGAAUCAGCUAUAAUGCGACAACAUGCGAGGUUCAGCUCGGAUCGCUGGUGAUGGAGGAUGGAGGGGAAUAUGUUCUCGGUAUAGUCACUUCUAAGGCAAAGGCACUGACAGGACAAGUUGAUCUUGAGGUUCUUGAGCCUGUAACUGACGUCAAGAUUUCGUCCAGUCUCCCUGAAGCUGUAGAGUUCAACAGCACCGUGGUUCUGACCUGCUCUGCCAAAGGCUCCUUUACUUACAAGUGGUUCAAUGGUUCAGUCCCUUUGGUGUUGGAUGGCACGCAUAUGAAGCUGAACCCAACCGGCAAUGAGCUAAUUAUUACCGAAGUUCGCCGUACAGAUCUCAAAGGACCCAUCAUCUGCAUAGCAGAGAAUGCACUGGAGUCCGGCAAGAGCGCUCCCUUCAAUCUCACUGUGAGCUAUGGCCCUGAGAAAAUCAUCACGACGCAGACUCCAACUGAUCCAUUCCUCAAGAAAGGCUCUAACUUAACACUCACAUGCUCUGCCGAUUCUGACCCUCCCGCUCAGUUCAAGUGGACUUUUAAUGGGAACGAUCUGCUUCAGCAGGCCAACAUCACCAUCAGCAAUUUAGAGGAAAGGCACAGUGGCAACUAUAGCUGUGUGGCCAACAACGUGAAGACCAACCGCAACGUUGUCUCACCUGUUGCUUUGGUGACUGUUCUGGAGGGCUUGUCCGGGACAAAUAUUUCCAGCUCCACAUCACUUCUCAUCGCUGGCAACAGCACAGUCAACCUCACCUGCUCGGCAGCCGCUGGGAAAGCUGAAACCGUGGAAUGGCUGAAGGACAGCAAACCUCUGACUCCUGGUGACCGGGUCACCCUUUCAGUCGACAAGAAAACUCUGACGAUUGUUCAAGUUGUUAAAGAGGACAUGGGCGAGUACAAGUGCCUAUUGAAGAACAAAGUGAACAAAGAUGAAGCCAGCUAUAAGAUGGUGAUCAACUACGGUCCAGAGAACGUGAAGGUCAAAGCAAAGAAUGCGGUGAAGUUCGAAGAGGCUAUAGAUAUUACCUGCUCUGCGGAGUCUGUUCCUCCCAGUAUGUACGCAUGGAAACUCAACGAUACAGUGAUGAACUUCACUCAGGCAAUCUAUGUUAUUGAAAAGGCCAGAGCUGCGGACAGUGGCAUGUACACCUGCGAGGCACUCAACCCAAUCACGGGAAUAACGACAAAAACCACACACAAACUCGCAGUGACAGAGGUCGGUGCGGUAGACGAGGGCCUAUCUGGAGGAGCCAUUGCUGGAAUUGUAAUUGCUGUGCUUGUGGCUGUGAUCAUCAUCGGUUGCAUUAUAAAAUGCAAGAGAAAAUCUGGCACAGAUAUUCCAUCUCCAUAUUAAAGCAAGACCUGGCAGUAAGGUGACCCGACUUCCCUAGACUUCAAGACCAACCCUUCAGCCAUUUAUCAGUCUUUUUUUUUUAAUCUGCAAAAGCUCUCAAGGCAACUGGAAAAACUGCCCUCACAACUGACAUACACCUGCAGGUUUGGCCUUUUCAGGAGCUCAACGUGUUUUGAAAUGUCCAUUGUUUUUUUUUAUAUCCUUUUACCCUGUGCAAACGUACCCCAAUCUUAAGGACACGAUAGAGGACGGCGGUUAAACAGCGAGACUGUUUACCUUUAUCUGCAUCUCUUCCUUCUCUUGGCUGAAGUGGACAGCUUCCUUUGUUCCUCAAGAAACAUGAUACAGCCUCCAUCACCCUCUCAUUCCUUCAUCUGACCCUUAACUGACAGGUCGGUCGUCCUGGCUUGACGUCUCAGAGGUCAUUUUGAAAGAGCUCUGUUUUGGGUAACGAAAUCCACCCUGAAAUGCACUGAGGGGUGACGAGACGGUCAGGUGUUUGAGAUCUCAAAACACCCACAAGGCACUGAAACUUUGAGAUUUUAAGACCUGUUCAACAUGCUCGGAAGUCCCAAGGGAAUGAAGAUAUGUGGGGCCAACUUUACUUGAAGCCGAAGGCACUGUUGAGUUGUGGCUGGAAGGUCAUUGGUGGC